GUCUCCAUCGCCGUCUUCUUUGACGGCCAUCCUCCGUCAAUCCAUGGUAUCAUUCUUCUCUUCCCUUCCCGCUCUUCUAUUGGUAUCCCUUCUUCUGCUUUCGCUCCGCUCCGCCUUACUUGCCGGAACCCUACGCCUGUCCUCCCUCCCCGAUACCGAUCCACUACUCCGAUCACUCCUAUCCCGUCUCUCCACUCCAUCUUCAUCUUCAUCUUCUUCGCCCACUUCAUCCUCCCCGAAAACCCCUCGCUUCUUCCACCUCUCUCCCGCCGUGCCACUAGCUGAUGACUUUUUCUCAUCCUCUCCGUCGAUUGGCCGCCGUUCCUUUUCCAACUCAUCUUUUGCUUCUCCGAUCUAUGUGUACCUGUCUCUAAAUUCUACUGCUGUGGCUAGGGUUGGGGUUCGGCCUAAGUACCCACUUGACCCGCCCUCCCGCAUCCUAUUUUCAAUAUCGGAUUCGGAGAACUCCUCUCAAGAAGACGCCGAUCGGGCAGCUAAAGGCUUCUCGUUAGGCAAGGACGGAGUUCAGCUUGUUCAUCUUGUUUCCCUCCUCUCCUCCGCGCAUGCCAUAGCUAUUAUUGGAUUUAUCCUCUACUAUGCCACUGCUUUUGGUGUUGUUUUCUAUAGCGUUACCUGUAACAUGCUUUCCCGGCCCAUACCGUCUUUCAUCCACGCCCUCUGGUGUGGGGCGAGAUUAGGAGUUCGGCGCCUCGUAGGGUUCGUCUUCUUGAAGUGGGCAAUCAGGGACGCGCUGGUUCAGCUCCUGUGCAUCUUUUUUUUUGUCAACAUCGAGGACCAGAACAAGCUUUUCAAGCUCUUCGUCAAGGUCAAGCUCAUGCCCUUCUCCUUAACCUUAUUAUCAGGUAAUGAAGUUGCUGAGCUAUCUGGGUUUCUGUUUGUGUGGGGGCUUUUGGACUUAGUGGUUUCCAUGUUUCUCGUUUUGGUGCCUUGGAUUGUUGUUGUGGAUGAUAUUAGAAGGACAGGGCAGGAAGUGGUGAAAGAAGGAGUCUUUCUGGUGACCUUAGUGAGGAAAGAGUUUCUAUGGAUAAAUUGCUUGGAGAUGGUCUUGAGUGGAGGGUUGGGGAGGCUGUUUUUUUCCACUUUUGCUGGAAGAAGAUUUGCCAGGUGGAUUCAGGCAGUUUUUGAGGUUUAUUUCAUGGUGGUGUGGUUGGUUGUGUACUUGGAGGCACGAAGAAAGGAUUGGGAAUCACGGGGUAGGAGAUUUGGAAGGGAAGAGUUGGAACGGUGUAUUGACAGGCUCUGAUGACUGAGUGUAUGAAGUUGCCGUUGGGAAAGAGAGUUUUUUUUUUCCUUCUGAUUCUAGUUAGUUUCAUGCUAUUUGCGGAGGUAUUAAUUGAAUACCAUUUUGAUUGCUCACAUACAACUAGUUCUGUUACACCUUUGCACUUGAAUGCUUGAUUUUCUGUUGUGGGAGUCAAUGAGUUUGCAUGUACAGUUUCGCGACUAAUACAUUUGAUGUAGAUUUUGAAAGUGUUUCAAUGUUUAAUGGUUA